GCCACUUAGUCACAUUGUAACAUCCUUUCUGGAAGUUUCCUUUUUAAAAAGCAGCGUCAGUUAAGCUAACUACUAGCUUACAUUUAGCGAGCGUUAAAAACCCCCAAAACUCAUCAGUUUAACCUCUGAUAUGUCCCGAAAAUGUCCUCUACGCGCACGGACCACGUUAACGGCUAUGAAGUAAUGCCAGUGUAUUCUGAACUGCAGCCUUUACUAUGAGUGCCUCAUCAGCCCAGAUGUCUGCCUCAGGCUCAUCAUGCAGAGCACUGCCUGGAGACGGAAACCAGGUCCAGCCCAAAGCCCCGCUCUUGCAAAUAUUGCGCAUUGCUGGAGCCCAGGAGGAUGUCUUCACGCUCAAAGAGGUGAUGCACUACCUGGGGGAAUACAUCAUGGGCAAGCAGCUCUAUGACAAGCAGAGGCAGUACAUCGUCCACUGCCAGGAUGACCCUUUGGGAGAGCUGCUGGAGGUGGACAGCUUCUCAGUGAAAAACCCAAGCCCAGUGUAUGAGAUGCUCAAGAAAUACGUCAUAGUACUUGGUAGUGCUGACGCUGCAGAGAAUCUUUCUGCUGGCCGUGAAUGUGUUGAGGGCGGAGUGGAGGAUCGUGGUCAGAUGUGUGGGGGUGUGAUCAAAGGAGGACUAGAGGCCACCAGUGACGGGCCUCUCCUGCAGACCUCUUCUCAAAGGAGGCCUCGGGAGCCGGAUGAAGACUCACUUGAAGGUUUGCCCCGCUCAACCUGCAAGCGACCUAAACUAGAUGUCACUCUCGACGAGUGGGACCUGUCUGGCUUACCUUGGUGGUUUCUGGGUAAUAUCCGCAGCAACUACAGCCGCAGGAGCAAUGACUCCACUGAUAUCCACACCAACCAAAUGUCCCCCGCGCAGGACGAGGACACGGCCAUUGUGUCGGACACCACGGACGGUCUGUGGUUCCUGACGGAGGGUGAGAGUGAGCAGGUGAGCGUGGAGAUGAAGGAGGCCGCGCUGGAAGAGGGCAGCGCAGGAGACGGAGAGGCUCUACCUGAGGACGAAGAUGGAAGUGGGAAGGAAGAGAAGGCAGAUCUUGAGAUGCAGGAGGAGCCUGAAGAAGACUCCCAGUGCCUCAGUGACGACACCGACACCGAGAUCUCCACACAGGACGCGUGGCAGUGCAGCGAGUGCAGGAAGUACAACUCUCCUCUCCAGAAGUACUGCGUCCGCUGCUGGGCUCUGCGCAGGAACUGGUACAAGGACGUGCCCCGCCUGGCGCACUCGCUGUCCGUUCCUGAUAUCCCAGCGUGCACGUCUCUCGCCGCCCGCGACGAGGGAGACGACAGCGACGGCGGCGUCGACGUCCCGGACUCCGUCAGGACGGUUUCGGAGCCUGUCAUCCUGCACUCCACGGCCGACCGACCGCUGCCCGCCAUGACGGCGUGGAAAGGGAAGGGCCCUCGGCGUGCCGCGGAGCCCCCAGGCGGGGAGAGUCAAGAGAGUCUGGACAUGGAGGUCGGACGCGAAGCACUGCUGGAGCCCUGCAAGCUCUGCAGGGUGCGACCACGCAACGGGAAUAUAAUCCACGGCGGCACGGCUCACCUUCUCACCUGCUUCCCGUGUGCCAGGAGGCUCCACAAGUUCCAGGCUCCCUGUCCUGGUUGUGGAAAGAUUAUCCAGAAAGUGAUAAAGAUAUUCAUCCUCUAACCCACAAAAUACAUGCCAGGUCAGCACUUUUUUAUUUCCCUUUCCCUCGCUCAUUGACAGAGCCACUUUUGCCUUUGUGUCACGUCACCAUCUGUACGAGUAUAUUUAUUUACAAGAGUAGACGUCGAGAGUAUUUACUUCAGUACAUUUUCUUUGUAUUUGGAAGGAUGUCAGACCUUGAAAUAGUCGUUUGUGAGGUUUGAAGAGCAGAAGGCGGAUUAAAGCACAAUAACGCUCUUAAUUCUUCCCAUGAAAGUCAUUGUCUCCUCAGAUUGAUAUUAAUGUUAGCUCUUUGCGUAGAAUAUUAACCAAAUGUUGACGGUAUAACAUGGUUUGCCAUAAUAUAAAUUUUUCAAACUAAUUCUCUUUUUUUUUUUACCAGCCUGUUUGCAAGCCCGAUCAAUAUCUGAGGGUGUUGUACUUAAUUUAUUUGAGUGUUUAGUUGUAAACUGCUUUGGCCUCCUAAUGAGUCAGAAUCCUGCACUUUGUUCCAUGAAGAUCCAUCAAAGGCGAUUAGGAAAACAAGGCUAAAUGAAGUGUAGCUCGUUGGACGAUGAGGGUUGAUUUGAUCUUUUUUCACUGCCAUGUAAGGAUUUUUGAUCGCUGUGUCGUACUUCUAUGUUCAUGUGACUUUUGAAGAGUGUAGUCCCUUAACUUUCAUUACUUUUUGAGUGAUGUCGUGAGCCAUAGUCAUACGCUGCACAUUUCACGGGGCUUCUGUGAAGUUGGCAUGGAAUUUUUGGGCUCUUUAUUCAUGCUUCAUGCUGCCGCCACCGGGGGGCGAGAGGUCCCAGCGUGGCGUGUUGUGUGGCGGAGAUGUACAUAAGCACUAACAACAUAAUGCAUGUCCAGGUAAAGACUGUAUGUACCGCAAUGCGCCCGUGUUUGCUUUAUGUCUGUUUUGUCGUGUUGCUUGAGAAAUAAAUCUAUUACAGAAACAA